AUGAACCAUGAGGUUCUAGUGCGGAGCAUCCGCUCGCUAGCGAGCGCCAAAGAUCUUCCUCGAGCGCGGCUACUCCACGCGCAAAUCGGCAGCGCGCCGGGAAGAUUUCUUGCCAAUCUCCUCGUCCAGAUGUAUGGCAAAUGCGGCGCCGUGGAAGAAGCCCAGCGGGUCUUCGAUCAGAUCCCCGAUCCAAAUGCCUUCUCGUGGAGCAUCCUCAUGGCGGCCUACGAGCAGAACGGGGAUCUCCUCGCGAGCAAGCGUUGCUUCGAUCGAAUGACGCAGCGAGACGUCGUGUGCUGGAACGCGCUGAUCUCCUGCUUGGAUCGGAUGGGAGACACUGUCUCUUGCCGCAAGGCCUUCGAUCGGAUGCCCCAUCGCAGCCUCAUCUCCUGGAACUCGAUGCUCACGUCGAUCGCUGCGAAUGGAGGAGGAGGCGACCUCGCGCAAUCCUGGGAGAUUUUCAAUUCCAUGCCCGAGAGGGACACCGUCGCGUGGAAUUCGAUGCUUGCGGCUCACACCACCUGCGGCGUCGAUGGCGAUCUGGGAUCAGCGAAGAGCCUCUUCGAUCGGAUUCCUCGCAGGGACGUGAUCUCUUGGACGAGCCUCGUCCAGGUAUGUGCCACAACCAGGCAGUUUGAUCUUGCACACUCGGUCUACCAGAGAAUUCCCCAGAUCAACAGCAUCACUCGCAACACAAUGCUCCAGGCAUUCUCGGAUGACCAGAAUCUCACAGCAGCGGUGGAGCUGUUCACAUCCACGCCCGAGAUCGACGUUGUAUCGCGGACCACCAUGAUUCAGGCAUUUGCCCAGAGUGGGCAUCUGGAUGAUUCGAAGGCCCUCUUCGAUUCCAUGGCCGAUCGAAACGUUGUAACUUGGACCGCGAUGCUGCUCGCCUUCUCGGAUCACGGCCGAUCGAAUGACUCCCAGGUCGUGUUUGGAAGAAUGCCCAAGCAAAAUCUCGUGGCUGGAAACGCGCUCGUCAGCUCCCUCUCGCGAGCGGGCGAUGUCGCGGCUGCCAGGCUCGUGUUUGAAGAUCUCCCAGAGCGCGAUUCCAUCUCCUGGAACACGCUGCUCAUCGGCGCGGUAGAGGAGAGUUUCAGGAUCGACGGUGGAGAUUCAAAUCCAGCUCGAAUCGAUGGCGCCAAGAAGCUCUUCCUCCUUAUGCCCGCCCUCUCUCUCGUCUCCUGGAACGCGAUGAUCUCCGCCAGUGCUCGAUCGAAUCGCGUCACAGAUGCCCAGACUCUUUUCGAUCAGAUGCCCGAUCACGACACUGUCUCGCUCACCGCGAUCUUCCAAGCUUAUGCGCUGAAUGGGCAUCUCCAAGAAGCAAAGCGGAUGUUCGACUCCACCACGCAAAAAGAUUCCAUCCUCUGGACGUGUAUGAUCCGGGCGUACAUCGAGGACGGCCAGAUCCAGCGCGCACACGAGCUCUUCGACAGGAUGGACGGACGAGAUUCGUCGUGCUGGACAUCGAUGGUCCAGGCUCACGCCGUAGACGGCAAUACGGAAGACUCCAUAGCCAUGCACGAGAGAAUGCCGUACCACGGAAGGAUCGCAUCUACGUCGGUUCUGACGGCUUAUUCCCAGGCCGGGAAUCUCAGCUCCGCCAAGGCCGUGUUUGAAACCAUGCAAGAAAGAGAUAUUGUCGCCUGGACCGCAAUCCUUACGGCAUAUGCCCAAAGAGGGUAUAACCUUGAGACUUCUCAAACUUUCAAGAUGAUGCCCGAAUGGAGCAUCUUUCCUUUCAACGUCGCCGUAUGUGGAUAUGCCCAAAACGGGCACAUUGAAGAUGCCAAGGAGCUCUUUGACAAGAUGCCGGAACACAAUCUAAUCUCCUGGAACGCACUUCUUGCAGGAUAUGCCCAGAACGGGCAUUGCGAUUCGGCGAUCGGGGCCUUCCGUGCGAUGAACCUGGAGGGCGAUGCAGCGCCGAAUGACAUCUCCCUCACGAAUGUCUUGGCGGCCUGCGGCCACAAGGGCCUGCUGGAGAUGAGCCGGGAGUGUUUUGUGUCGGUGAGCUCCGACUAUGGAUUGAAGCAGUGCAAAGAGCAGUAUAGCUGUGUGGUUGAUCUGCUGGGACGACUGGGAGAAAUUGAGAUUGCCGAGGAGAUUGUGAAGGCAAUGCCAUUUGUGGCUGAUGAUGUGGUGUGGGGCUCUGUUUUAGGUGCCUGUAGAACCCAAGAGGAGAAUGGGAUGAGAGCAGCAGUUCAAGCAGUGGAUUGGAUUGCACAACUCAAUCCAGACAAUGGCUCGUGUUACAUCCUCUUAGCAAACAUGUAUGCUACGACUAAUCCCUGA